AUCAGUUUAUUUUUUCGCCUUCAGAAGCUCGCACGUUUCAGUCACAAUGCCGAACUUGGAUCUCUACAAUUUCCCCAUGGCGCCGGCCAGUCGCGCCAUCCAGAUGGUGGCCAAGGCUUUGGGUCUGGAGCUGAACUCCAAGUUGAUCAACACGAUGGAGGGUGACCAACUGAAGCCAGAGUUCGUGAGGAUUAACCCACAGCACACCAUUCCCACGCUGGUGGACAAUGGAUUUGUCAUCUGGGAGUCGCGUGCCAUCGCCGUCUAUCUGGUGGAGAAGUACGGCAAACCCGAUUCCCCACUCUAUCCCAACGAUCCCCAGAAGCGGGCUUUGAUCAACCAGAGGCUUUACUUCGAUAUGGGCACCCUGUACGACGCCCUGACCAAAUACUUCUUCCUAAUCUUCCGCACUGGCAAAUUCGGAGAUCAGGAAGCUCUGGACAAGGUUAACUCCGCCUUUGGAUUCCUCAACACCUUCCUGGAGGGUCAGGACUUCGUGGCCGGUAGCCAACUGACCGUGGCUGAUAUCGUCAUCCUGGCCACCGUAUCCACCGUAGAAUGGUUUUCGUUUGACCUAAGCAAGUUCCCCAACGUGGAGAGGUGGCUUAAGAAUGCCCCAAAAGUAACUCCUGGAUGGGAGCAAAAUCUUGAGAGUCUGCAGCAGGGAAAGAAGUUCCUGCAGGACCUUCAAGCGGCAAAGGAAAAGGAAGUAAAGGCCUAAACUAUUUUAAAUAAAUAAAAACCUGAGUCUAAUCU